UAUCCUCUCUCCUAUGUUUUUUCUCCUCCCUCCUGCUCCUCCACAGCGAGAGCUUCUCAUCGAACUCCAUUUGGUACUCUAGGAGAGGGGGUUCCUGAGAGCUCCUCUCUCUCUCGCUCGCGCCCCUGCUCGGUUCGUGGAGCGGCCAUAGAAGCCCUAGCAGAGGUGGCCAUGGCCUCCAUCGUCGGGGUCUCGUCCCUAUACCGGAGCCCCUGUCUCGAGCUCCCCAAGAGGGCCCUCUCAUACCUCUCCCCCUCCUCCAAGAAGUCCCACUUGUGCGGCCGCAGGGCUUCCGCCACGGCCAGGGGCUGUUGCUGCUCCCUGCAGAGCUCGAGGCCGACGGAAGCGCCUCCUCGUCUGCUCGUCCCCUUGGCUGUGGCCUCGCCUAACUCGGUCCUGAGCGAGGAGGCGUUCAAGGGGCUCGGCGACUUCUCCAAGUCAUCUCUGGAUGGGGAGGAGGGCGAGGAGGAGUACUACGGCUUCGAGGAGGAGGAGGAGGAGGCGGAAGGCUCCACCGUCGGCAGCAAGGAAGAACUCGCCAUUGCCAAUCUAGGGUUGCCCGAGCGGCUCGUGAGUGCCCUCGAGGAGCGUGGGAUUACUCACCUCUUUCCCAUUCAGAGGGCUGUGCUGCUUCCUGCUCUUGAAGGCCGAGAUCUCAUUGCACGGGCAAAGACGGGGACAGGGAAGACCCUGGCUUUUGGAAUUCCCAUCAUUAAACGACUCACUGAGGAUAAUGAAGGCCGAAGAAUCUCGAGUAAGCAAGGUCGUCUUCCCCGGGUCCUGGUUCUAGCACCAACUAGAGAGUUAGCCAAGCAAGUGGAGAAGGAAAUCAAAGAGUCAGCACCGUAUCUUGGCACUGUCUGUGUCUAUGGAGGAGUUUCUUACAACGUCCAGCAAAACACACUGGCUCGUGGCGUUGAUGUGGUAGUGGGGACUCCUGGUCGAAUUAUCGACCUGAUUGAUAGCAACAGCCUUCAAUUGGGAGAAAUUCAGUAUUUGGUUCUUGAUGAGGCUGAUCGGAUGCUUGCUGUUGGAUUUGAGGAAGAUGUGGAAGUGAUAUUGGAAAAACUGCCAUCAGAUCGUCAAAGCAUGCUAUUUUCUGCAACAAUGCCUGGUUGGGUGAAAAAGUUGGCCAGGAGAUAUCUGAAUGAUCCCUUGACAAUCGACUUGGUUGGUGAUCAAGAUGAAAAGCUAGCAGAAGGAAUUAAACUUUAUGCUAUUCCAACAACUGUAACGUCAAAGCGUACAAUCCUUAGUGACCUAAUAACGGUAUAUGCAAAGGGUGGGAAGACCAUGGUUUUCACUCAAACAAAACGCGAUGCUGAUGAGGUAUCCAUGGCUUUGACUAAUAGUAUUGCAUCUGAGGCACUUCACGGGGACAUAUCUCAACAUCAGAGGGAGAGAACAUUGAGUAGUUUUCGCCAAGGAAAGUUUACCGUGCUUGUUGCGACUGAUGUGGCUGCUCGUGGUCUUGACAUACCAAAUGUUGAUCUGAUUAUUCAUUAUGAAUUGCCAAAUGACCCGGAAACCUUUGUCCAUCGUUCUGGUCGUACUGGGCGUGCUGGGAAAGAAGGCACGGCCAUCUUGAUGUUUACUAGCAGCCAAAGGAAAACUGUUAAAUCACUUGAGCGUGAUGUCGGAUGCAAGUUUGAAUUUGUAAGCCCACCACUGAUGCAAGAGGUUUUGGAGUCAUCAGCGGAGCAAGCUGUUGCAACUCUGCGGGGUGUCCAUCCAGAGUCGAUACAACACUUCCUUCCAACGGCUCAAAGAUUGACAGAAGACCUGGGAACAAAUGCUCUUGCUGCUGCAUUGGCACAUUUGAGUGGAUUUUCUCAACCACCUUCAUCUCGUUCUCUUAUCAGUCAUGAGCAGGGGUGGGUGACAUUACAGUUAACACGUGAACAAGGAUACUCAAGAGGGUUCUUUUCUCCAAGAUCUGUUACUGGGUUUCUUUCUGAUGUUUAUCCUGCUGCUGCUGAUGAAGUUGGCAAAAUUUACUUGAUUGCAGAUGAAAGGGUUCAAGGAGCAGUUUUUGAUUUACCUGAGGAAAUUGUGAAAGAAUUACUGAAUAAGCAGCUACCUCCAGGAAAUACCAUAUCCAAGAUCAUGAAGUUGCCUGCCUUGCAAGAUGAUGGUCCUUCAACUGAUAAUUAUGGCCGGUUUUCUAAUUGGGACCGGGGUUCCAGAGGUGGCUUUAGGGAACGAGGUCACAGAGGUUCCAGAAAUUGGGGUGGCCGGGGCUAUGUUAGUGAUGACGGCUUUCGGCGUGGUGGAAGGAGCUACAGAACUGAUAAUAGAUGGUCUAGGACCGGAGGGAGUGAUGAUGAUUGGCUGAUCAGUGGUAGAAGUUUUGGCCGGUCAUCAUCCUUUGGAAGCAGGGAUAGAGGCUUUGGAGGUGCAUGCUUCAAUUGUGGCAGAACUGGGCAUCGAGCAUCAGAAUGUCCCAACAACUAGUUACUUGAGAUCUCAGAAUGUCCUGGUCUGCAAGAGUUGCAUAAAGACUACAUGGUGGGCAAAUCAGUAUAUCCUUCCUGUUGCUUCAUAAAAUUGAAGUUUAUACCAUGCAAGAUCUGACUGGUGGCCAAUGGGUUGGGAGGAGGUUGUUACUAUGUUUAUUGAGUACUUUGUGAAAGGAUUGGGCAGCCAGGGCGUUAACACAUUAACUUGGUUCCUUUCUGCCUCUUUUUCUCUUUUCAUUUCUUUUCUUUUAUCUUUUGGGCGGUGGUUUUGUUGGAAAGGUGUGUUUUGUGCAAGCAGGGGGUGGGGUGUUUUGAAGGUAUUUGUCAGUGGAAUGCUUAAACAAAGAGCAAAUGCAACGUGACUUGUGGAUCAUAGUAUAGCAGUUUAUAUUUGUUAAUCUCAAUGUUGUUAUCCUAUUAUUGAUAUUGUUGGGCAUACUAGAGAUGGCGAAGUGCAUAUAUUUUCUUUGGUCA